AUGUUGGACAACUGCUCGGAUUUUGGCAACGUUACGCAGAUGGUGGUCCCGGUGGUUCACUAUAACUUCCCGGCGCUUGUGUUUGGGAUCCUACUAAUCAUGGUCGUCAUCUUCGGCAACGUGCUCGUGUGCAUAAGUGUUUAUUCGGAGAAAGCUUUAAAAACUACAACCAACUAUUUCAUCGUCAGUUUGGCCUUUGCAGACCUACUCCUGGCGGUUCUGGUUCUGCCGCUCUUCGUUUACGCAGAGUUCCAGGGUGGAGUCUGGUCCUUGAAUAUGUUUGUAUGUGAUAGCCUGAUGACCAUGGAUGUGAUGCUUUGCACUGCCUCCAUCUUCAACCUUUGUGCAAUCAGUGUGGACAGAUUCAUUGCUGUUGCCAUUCCUCUUAAUUAUAAUCGCAAGCAUGUGGACUAUCGCCAACUCGUCCUGCUACUAGGCACCUGGCUGCUGGCCUUAGCUGUGGCCUCACCUGUUAUCUUUGGAAUCAACAAUGUACCUGACCGUUACACGCGCAAGUGCAAACUGGAGGACAAUAACUAUGUAGUUUAUUCUUCUGUCUGCUCUUUCUUUAUCCCAUGCCCCAUCAUGGUACUGCUAUACUUUGGAGUCUUUCGCGGCCUACGGCGCUGGGAGUUAGCUCGUAAGGCCAAACUGCACACCAGCGUCGAAGCUUGCAGGAAGCUGCAGCACGCGGCCAUUGCAACCGCCCUCCCUCCGUUGGCGGGUGCAAUCCCAGGACCCCUGCCCAUGCCGCUAACCAGGAUCAUUGAAAGGGACUUUGCUCAGUCACGGCUUGAUGAUAUGGACGACUGCAUGAAGCAAAAGAUUCCUUAUCCCCGUCGGUACAGUGCAAAUGCCAUACCAACAGUAACCUACGGCCAUGAGCAACACAGCAAAAAAGGAGCCAAGAUCAACAGCAGGGAGAGGAAAGCCAUGAGGGUUCUGCCUGUUGUAGUAGGCUGCUUCCUCUUCUGUUGGACUCCAUUCUUUGUGGUCCAUACCACUCGAGCUGUGUGCUUGACAUGUGAGAUUCCUUCAGGAUUAAUGAGCACAGUGACAUGGCUGGGUUAUGUCAACAGUGCCCUCAAUCCUGUAAUCUACACCAUCUUCAAUACAGAGUUCAAGAAAUUCUUCAAGAAAUUCUUUCAUAACUGCUGCUAUUCAUGCUGGGUCUGA